UCAUAAACAUUGAACAUUUGUACAUUGUAUUGCAAAGUCCAUGGUUUGUGUUCUAGUGUAGCAGUUUACGCACGUGAUUUCAUUUGGAACUUGCAAUAAAGUUUCUUGUGACGUGAGAAUGUUACAAGCCUAUUGUUUCUUUAUUGCCCAUUGACGACAAUUUACCAUUUCCGCGUGCAAGUUCAUAUGAUCAAAGUGAGAAAUCGUGUCAAAGAUAAGUCUGACGUUGAGGCAACAUGGCACUGGUACUAAUGGAGGAAUUCGGUGAGGUACCGGGAGAAGGACGUGUACAGAAAUGGAUUCUGAAAUCGUCUAACAUCACAGUGGAAAUCAUAACACUAGGGUGCAUCAUAACAGCCAUCAAGUGUAAAGGCAAGAAUGGAGAGGUCAAUGACAUCGUUCUGGGUUAUGAUGAUCUUGAGGGCUAUCUGGCCAACCCCAAGUACUUUGGUGCUGUUAUCGGCCGGGUAGCCAAUAGGAUCGCCAAGGGCAGAUUUGUGGUCGACGGGAAGGAUUAUCAACUGGCCAUCAAUAAUGGACCUAACUCCCUCCAUGGAGGACUGAGGGGCUUCAGCAAGGUGAUAUGGGGAAGUGAGGGUGUGGAGGGUGGGGUGCGGCUCACCCUCACCAGCCCAGACGGAGACCAGAAUUACCCCGGGGAGGUGCAGGCCUCUGUCACUUACACCCUGGAGGGGGACACACUGAGCAUCCAGUACCAGGCCCGCUCCACUAGAACCACCCCCAUUAACCUCACCAACCACUCUUACUUCAACCUGGCUGGACAGGGCUCAGCUGACAUAUACGACCAUGAAGUGUCCAUCAACGCUCCGACAUAUUUGCCUGUAGAUGACGUCAUGAUCCCCACUGGCGAGGUCAGACCAGUGGAGCACACACCCUUUGACCUUCGGAGGCCAGUUCUGAUUGGACCACGGCUGAAAGAAGUGCCUGGGCCUGGGUUCGACCACAACUUCUGUCUGUCAUCCCCUGGAGAUGCUUGGACAGAGCGCAUGUGUGCAAGGGUAUUUCACCCAGCGAGUGGGUGUGUUAUGGAGGUCAGCACCACUCAGCCCGGCGUCCAGUUCUACACAGCCAACUUCUUGGAUGGCUCUUUUAAAGGAAAGGGUGGGGCCUCUUAUCCUAAACACAGUGCCUUCUGCCUGGAGACACAGAACUGGCCUGACGCUGUCAACCAGGCCUCUUUCCCCGAUGCUCUGCUGAGACCAGGGGAGCAGUACCGCCACGUCACCCGCUUCACCUUCUCCACCGCCUGACGGAGAGGAGGGGGGUGGGGAAUCAGGGGUCAGCAUCAUGCAGGGAUCGACCAAUCAGAAUCCCAGCCGCUGAUCAGAGCUGAUCCUUUGCUGAUGAAAGGAUGGAGCAACACGGAACAGGAGUUGUUUACACUCAAAUCAGAAGGUUGAUUUUGUAGUAUUCAAGAACCAAUCUGAGAUGGACAGGUAAUGACUUUGAAAUGAAAAUGAUGAUGAUGAUGACAUGAUUAGAGGUGAUGAGUUCAUAUCCUCCACAUUGCUUUGUUCCCCUCUUUACAGCUGGACUUUUACUGCAUUAAACAUUGUAAUAUCAAACUACCAUUUGAAGUUGGCUUUGGGCCCUGUUCAAAUUAGGCUUUAAACUUACAUAAAUAGUACAGUACAUGCAUAAGUAAAUUAGUUUCCACUUUCCUUUGUUGUUGGGUAGGCAGGGUCUCUUUUGCUCCAUUACUCUUACAGUUGUGGCCCAAAAUAUUGUCACCCUUGGACUUUUUCUCCCUAUUUCUUAUCAAAUCAUUUUACAUUUAGAAUAACUUUUGAUAACUGCCAACAAAUGCUUAUUGUAGCCAUCAAUGAGCUUGCUGCACCUUUCUACUGGCAAUUUGGCCCAAUCUUCAGCAGAAAACUGUUUUAAUUCUUCAAUGUUUGAGGGAUGCCCUCCACCAACUGCUGUUUUCAGCUCUCGCCAUAGGUUAUGGAUGUGAUUCAGACCUCAUCUCUUCGCUGGCCACUCUAGAACAGUCCAGUGUUUCUUCUUAAACCAUUCCAUGGUGUUGUUGAUGUGUGUUUAGGGCCGUUGUCCUUCUGGAAGACCCACAACCUUCAACAGAGUAUGUUUUUGGACCCUGGGUCGAACAUUGGUAGUCUGCUGAUUUCAUGAUACUGUGUCUUGCACAUAUUCGAGGCCCCCAGUACCGGAGACAGCAAAGCAACCCCACAGCACUAUCAAACCUCCCCAAUGUUUGAUUGUAGGGAGGGUGUUCUUUUCUUUGUAAGCUUCAUUUGGUCAUAGGUAAAAAUAGGAAGACUAAACUGCUGAAGGAGACACAAGAUAGCCUGAUUGAAUUUCUCAAAAACCCAUCUCAACAAGCCUUAAUCUUGUGGAAAAUGUUCUGUGGACAAAUGAAACAAAUUUAAAGCUCUUUGGCAAUACAGAUCAGUGCUGUGUUUAUUGGUGACCAAAUUAAGCAUUCAAUGAAAAGAGCACAAUUAAAGAUGAGGGUGGUUUGAUAAUGCUGUGGGUUUGCUUUGCUGCCUCUGAUACUGGGGCCUUGAAAGUGCGCAUGGCAUCAUGAAAUCAGCAGAUUAUCAGGUGUUUGAGUCCAAUGUUCAACCCAGCGUCCAAAAACUAAACUAACUAAAUAGAGAAUUAUUUAGGAAAAGUGCAAGGGUGACAAUUUAUUUGGCAGCUACUGUAUGUAUUCAACUCCCUGGAAUGUAUUAAUUGUGUAUCUCAUUGGUAUUCACUGGAGUGAUCUUUGAUUAUGGGACUCAAUAUUGGACUCUUGCAAUUCAAUGAAAACACCCAUUAUAUUACCUCUUCUACCUUGACGUACAGAGCCUUCAGAAAGUAUUCACAAACCUUGACUUUUUACGCUUUUUGUUGCGUUACAGCCUGAAUUUAACAUGGAUUAAAUUGAGAUGUUGUGUCACUGGCCUAUACAAUACCGCAUAAUGUUAGUGGAAUUAUGUUUGUAGAAAGUUUUCCAAAUUAAUAAAAAAUGAAAGCUGAAA